AUGAAUUACGAGGUUGAACAAGGAAUCGUUGCAUUCUUCGAGAAGACUACGACGACUCGCUCAGCCUGUGACAACUAUGCGAGUGAGCAUGUUGGUGGCAAUGUCACUCCAGUCGACGUGCAAGGCGUGUGUAGCUACACCGUCUAUGCUGGCCCUGACGCUGAAUUCGUCGUUCAGUAUCGUUUGAAGUCGCUAGCGUUGAACAUGGACAUUAUGAACCUUGCGGAAGCUAUUUACGGUACUUUGAUACCCCAGAUCUCCUUCAAAGGACAGAUUGGGGAAGAUCCUGAGAAUAAACAGAUUGGGGAAAAUCAUGAGAACAAAGAACCGCUUUACAUAUACGUGAUGAAUCGAAUAGCAGGCAUCUCUCAUUUGGAUUUCAUUCUAGCCCACAACGGUGAUAGACCUGAAAAUUCGUUUGAGUUUUCUCGCUGGCGCCAAAAUCUUGUGGCCGACUGCGCAAAAUUCUUUGCUUUAUCUUGGAAAGGUCCUCAGGAUGUUGAUCAAACUUACCGCGAGAGCUUAAGCCAUCGAUACGAACAAGACUUGCAUUUAUUACUUACUUCUCUCCCAAUCCGAUUCCAUCCAUUGAUCAAGAAGUCUCUUGACUCGUUACCGGCCAUCUUUUCACUGCCUAUGGUGCUACUGCACAAUGAUUUUGGUUCCUUCAACAUGCUAGUGGACGAAAAGUCUUGCAAUUUGCUCGGCGUGAUUGAUUGGGCCGAAUCUGAGAUUGCUCCAUUCGGCAUGAAUCUUUACGCUCAUGAUCGUUUGAUAAGUAAAAUCCACUUGAAACAUGGCUGGUCCAGGUAUUAUGAUCAUCGCCUUUUGGAUGAGAUAUUCUGGAGCACGUUCAGUCAAGAAACCGGAGUGGACAAUGAAAUGAUCAAAACCAUCAAAGCCGCAAGGAUUGCUGGAGUAUUGUUGUGGCUUGGCUUCACAAGUCGUCUUCCGAAUGCGCCGAAGCCAGUACCGAUUUCUGAUGAUGAAAGUGGAGCAUAUGGCAUGCGUGAUUUAGACGGGCUUUUGAUUAACCUACGAGGUUCACGGACUUCCCUGCGUCCACCUCUCCUACGCUUCUUUCACCUCUUCCUCGGGUCUCAAGCCAUUGAGAUCUCCAUUUCGUGGAAUUUCCAUUGUCUAUCCAGCACUUUUCAGUAUUUGCCGACCAUGUCUCUACUGAACUUCCCGACCGAGCUGUUGGUGCAAGUCGUGUCGCGUCUUGAAUACGCGUCUGACUUCUGCGCGUUCUCGCAAACCCACCCACUGUUCCAUUCUUUGGUCCAGCCUCGCAUAUCAGAGUUCUUGAAAAAAGAAACGCCUCCUCGUGCAUUGGUAGAUGCUGCGAAGAAGGGAAGUGCAGCCGCUGUACGCAGGUUAUUAAAGUUAGGCGCCCGGUUUCCUGUGCCUUUUACGGCAAUCUGGCGAGAUGAUCCUGGAGAUCCAAUGGCAUGGGCGACUAAAAAUGGACAUCUGGAAGUUGUCCAGAUUUUUCUGGAGCAUGGCCGAGAUCCUUGCGUGAUUUCCGGAUAUUACAGAGACUUCGAAGAUUUUUUAACCUACGGUGAGAUCGCAGGGCGCGAAAAUUCGAUCAUGGUUGCGGCCAGAAUGGGCCAUGAGGCUAUUUUGAGUCUUUUGAUGAAGUAUGCGUCUACGGUGCCACACGCGACUCGUAGUCGCGGCGAGAACUGGGAAGAGCCAUUGACAUGGGCAGUCCGGAAACAGAACAUUCCUAUCAUCAAAAUUCUUUUGGAGAACGAUCCCGAGAGGGUCAAAAACACUAGCAUUCAUCGCAAUGCCCCUCUACAUGCGCUUGCUGCAGCAUCUCCAGGUGCUCAUUUUGAUGAGACUUUUGAACUUCUGAUUCUCCAUGGAGCAAACCCCGAAUCAAAUCCGAUGGGCAAUUGCAGCCCAGUUGAGAGGGCUUUCGAAUUUGACAAUCUCCGAUUCAUCGAAUUGAGCUUCAAGCAUGCGAAAAAGCCCCCUGAUACCGCUUGGCUGUUGAAGAAAUUUCAGGAAACAUCCCGGAAACACCCCAAGGUCGCUUCUUUUCUCUUUAGUCAGAUUGACACGGAGUCAGCUAUGCGGUAUAGCAACGAAGCGCGGUGCAUGCUUCUCCGUGGAGCUGUUGCUUGCGGGUUCGAGGAUCUUGUUCAGUUAUUAUUCAAAAGGUACAAGAUCAUAACCCCAGAACAUCUGGACUAUUUACCCUUGAUGGGCCUCGCUGUUUUGUCGGGAAAUGUUGGGAUGAUCAAGAUGUCACUCGCCCUCGGAGAAGACAUCGCUAUUGGGCCCAUCGAGACACCCCAAAUUAUGGGCCCACGUCCCCUUUCUUAUCCGCCUCCCGCCUAUGUAACUCCCCGAAUUGAAAAUAAGCCAAUCAUCACGGCUCUCCUCAGACGACACGAUGAGGUUGUUGAUUUCCUAGUCGAAAAUGGCAUCGAUGGACCCCUUGCAUGGCGAGAAGGACCGCAGUUGCUUUUUGACCUGGCACUCGCCUUGGGACAUUCUGAGCUUAUCCAGAAGCUCUUUGACAGAGGCACAGCUCCAUCCGUGCAAGAUAUUUCAUGCGAGGAUCAAGCACAAUCCGUCUUUAUGGCUAUUUUUGGCGGUGAAUUCGUCUUCAAAACGCUUUUGAAGAACGGGGUGACACUUAAUCCAGACUCUCUUCACCACCAGAAUGCCUUCUUAUACGCAGCCAGUGAAGCCAACGUUUCUAUUCUCGAGAUAUUCUUGGAUGCUGGAUUCAAAGCGAACAUGAGCAUGUCUGGCUUUGCACCUUCUUGUGUAUCUCUCUGCCAUGAAGACGGACUCACGUUGCCUCUUAUCUACGCAGCCUAUGCAAAGGACAGAAACAAAGCCGAAGCUGCCGUGGAUCUUCUGCUCAAGCGUGGUGCAUCAAUCAACCAGCCAACUGGCAAGGGCUGUUGCAGCGCAUUGUACGCAGUUGCUUCUGGUGGAAUUGCGUUGAAAUUCGACAUACCGGGAUAUACUGUCAGAAAAGCCUUGGCUGAAUACCGGGAUGGCACGCCUGAAUCGGACUUCGAUGGUCUCUCCUCGGUGGCUCCAGAGGCCGAACAAAUUCAGGUCUUACAGCUUCUCUUAAGAAAAGGAGCCGAUCCCCUCUUUUGGAACAAGCAUGGCCGAUCACCUUUGUGUGUAGCAACGGUUACAAAUGACACAGAGGUGGUCAAAGCGUUGUUAACUUCUUUUGAUCAUCAAAAUGUUCCGUUCAGUGAGAUUGAGCCACAUCUCCGGGUCGCCGCCUCUAUUCGCACCCUCCCACCAUAUUCCAGAUAUCCACACAGUCCACAAGGAUCUACCGAUGCGCGAAUGGAGCAAGACCAAGAAGUCGAUUACGUGGGAUGCCGGGACGAGGAAAACGAGGUGGACGACGAUGAUCAAGAUGAUGAAGAUGACCAAGACGACCAAGAUGACCAAGAUGACCAAGAUGACCAAGAUGACCAAGAUGACCAAGAUGACCAAGAUGACCAAGAUGACCAAGAUGACCAAGAUGACCAAGAUGACCAAGAUGACCAAGAUGACCAAGAUGACCAAGAUGACCAAGAUGACCAAGAUGACCAAGAUGAUCAAGAUGAUCAACUUGGUGUAAAUCCUGGUUUUUCCCGAGAGGGCUCUGAGGAUUGGACAAGGUCCCACCAGGAGGCAUUGCUCGCAGAGAUAGCGAGAGAGGAGGAGGCAGGAUCAGAACCCACUUUCACCCCUGGAGCUGUUCCUCGACCUGUAAUGCCUCCGCUUUUCGAACCAACUCAAGAAAAAGCUGAUACGGUACUCGCUUAUCUUCAGACAAAACGAGAUACGGAAAGACUCAUAUGGAAGUACUACUGGCGCCAUGUGUACCCUGUCCCAUCUUGA